UUUUGGCCUUCCGUAUCUCAGUUUCUGAAUCACUGACAAACUUUCUCAUAGUCCGUCGUCCAAUGGGCAAGAAGAAGAAAUUCAUCGACAAAAAGAAAGCGGCAACCUUCCAACUUCUCGCCUGUGACUCCUCUGACCCAAAUUUCGACGACACACCUGGCAACGACCGUGUCUUUGUUCGAGUCGACAACAAUCCCUACUCCUUAGACACUCUUGACGAAAAUCACGGCGAUUCCAAUUCUAUAUUCGCCGACGCGCCCGAGGACGAUGACGGUGAACUUAAUUUUAAUGGGUCUAGUGCAACGGUAUCGUUGCCGGAGCACAUUAGGAGAGAAAUUUUGGAGCUGGGGUUUCCUGAUGAUGGUUAUAAUUAUUUAGCUCAUUUGAGGGAGAUUAAAAACACUGGCGGUGGAUCCGCUUUUUAUCAUAACCCUAAAUUUAGACUUGACCAGCUCAAGCGUGACGUCAAGGCUUACGAUGCUUCAAGAGUGCAAUUUUCUCAAGUUAAAAACGAGGCAAAUGAUAGUUCGAUUUAUAGUGUUGCGUCAAAGACAAUUGGUGUUAGGGUUCCUAAAACCAUUGAUCCUGAAGUGGCUGCUUUGCUGGAUGAUAGUGAUUUAUCGCGGUUUGGUUCUGACGUUGAGGACUUGGAAGAGGAUUUCAUCGUCCUAGCAAAUUAUCCCGAAGAAGGGGCUGAUUUAGAGGUUGAUAGAAAGUUUAAUCUGGUGGAUGAAUCUAAAGGAGUGACCAAUGACGAAUCUGGUAGUUUUGUCAAGCGAGAAAAUGUGGUUGGAGAAAGACAUAAUGCAGUGGAGGCAGAAGAUACUGAUUUUGUUGCUGACAAGCCUCGAGUUCCUCGUCUUCUUGAUGAGCAAUUUGAUUUGCUUGAAAGUCAGGAAUAUGGCACUGACAGUGACAAUGGUUAUGAGGGCUAUGAUGCCAAAGAAGAAUCUCUUGCAAACAAGCUCAAGAGUGUCCUUAGUGACUGCGUGGCGGAGGACUUUGAACUUGAUGACAAAUAUAAAGCUCCAGCUGAUAUAUUGCAUGUUAAUGAAACACCAAAGGGCAGAGAAGCACUGGACUCUGCCGCUGAUAUAAUACGUCGUUGUGUGGAAUAUGCAGAGAAGUAUGAAAAUGAAAAUGAAGAAGACAAAGUUAUUGUGCAGGAAAGUAGUGAUGAAUCGGAACAGUGGGAUUGUGAGACUAUCAUUUCCACGUAUUCAAAUAUUGAUAACCACCCUGGAAAAAUUGGAGCACCUGAAAUAGUGAGAAAGAAGAAGUUGGCUGAAACUGUCUCUGCAUCCUUGAAUGAAAACAAUCAUUUCAUAUCCCUUAAAGGAAAAGAGAAGCUUCCUGUAGAUUUUUUGCCUCAUAGCAAAAAAGCUGCUACCGAAAAAGUAAAGGCCACGGGUAGCUUAAAAAGUGAACAGCUGAAGAGGAAGCAACAUGGUCAGGAAUCAAAAGAGGAGAAGAAAGAACGGAAGGCUGCUGUGAAGGAGGAGCGACGUGAAGCUCGGCGAGCUAAAAAAGAGAUGAAGGGGCUGUACCGGGGUGAAGCAAAGCAUGCUCAAAAAGUUGCUGCUGUAUCUGGCCCAUCUUCGAUUCAUCUGAUGUAAAGUUUGAUGCCAGAUUGUUUCUCUGAGGCGCAGAGAUUAUACAACCAUGGUUGCCAUCCAUUGCAGAAAACAGCAUAUGGGAAGUUGAAAUUCUCUCAUUAGAGUUUUAAAUUUUGUUGUUUUAGUUAGGAGCAUUAAUUUCUUUUGUCAUCAUUUAGUACAUUUGUGGGUUUUGGAAAGACUUGCAAUGGAUAAGUAGAAGAAGAAUUGGUGUAAGCCCUCAAUAACUCUUUAGCACAUACAUUGCUUUUUCAAAAAAUAUGCAUAAUUUUUUUUUGCAGUGGUACA